UUCUUUUUCGGUGCAGACGCAGACCUUUGCCCAGUCGCGGUGUUUCUGUGAGUCUCCCGCAGAGCACAGACCCGCCGCUCGCCUCUCCUGCUGCAGGACGCUGCGGGACGCACCGGCUCGCGGCUUUGCGGCGCUUCCGUGCACAUCCGUGCAGGAAAAGCGCAAACACCAUGUCCUUCCGCUACCUCGGCAAAGUUGUUAUUGUGACUGGAGGGUCUAGAGGAAUCGGCAGAGGGAUUACCGAGGCCUUUGUGAGAAAUGGAGCCAAAGUGGUGUUUUGUGCAUUAGGAGAAGGUGACACUGUUGAGGCAGAACUGAACAGAACCGGACCAGGAUCCUGCAAGUUUGUGAGAUGUGAUGUCACCAAGGAAGAGGACAUCAAGAGGCUGAUCUCCUCCACCGUGGAGCUGCAUGGACACAUCGACUGCUUGGUCAACAACGCAGGCUGGCACCCUCCGCACAAAUCCAUCGAUGACACCACAGCUGAGGAAUUCAGAGAUCUGCUCAACCUGAACCUCGUCAGCUACUUCCUGGCUUCCAAAUUUGCGUUGCCAUAUCUGCGGCAGCGUCAGGGAAACAUCAUUAAUAUUUCCAGUCUCGUGGGCUCUAUUGGUCAGAAAGAUGCAGUGCCAUAUGUUGCCACGAAAGGGGCGAUCAUCUCCAUGACGAAGGCGAUGGCUGUGGAUGAGAGCCAAUACCACGUGAGAGUGAACUGCAUCUCUCCAGGUAACGUGAUGACGCCUCUGUGGGAGGAGCUAGCUGCGCAGACGGCAGAUGCCGCCGCCGCUGUGAAGAUGGGAGAAAAUGCUCAGCUGAUGGGCCGCAUGGGGACCGAGGCCGAGUGUGGACUGGCAGCUUUGUACCUGGCUGCUGACGCUACCUACUGCACCGGCAUCGACCUCGUGCUCAGCGGGGGCGCCGAACUCAACUACGGCUUCAAGAGUCAGAUCAACACCUGAAUUUCCUGUCUUAAACUGUUGCCUUUAACCAACUAACAUCCCCUUAAUCUCAUACUAUGAAGUGAUAUUUAUGCCAACACCUGAAUAUCACUUCAUAUUGAUACUGUUUACUAAAAAAAAUACUGUGCACUAAUGGAGAAGCUACUAAAGAAAUCAAAUAAAGUACAGUAUUUUCAGGUA